AUGGAUAUUAGCCAUGUCGUGGAAUCCUACCUAAAAUAUAGAUCUAAGCAACCUGUCAAGUCACAUCGAUCGCGUUAUUACGGUGAUUUAAACCGACGUGGGCAUCGCAAGACAUUUACCGCACCGCUUCACAAGCUCUCCAUCGUUUACGGCAACCGCAAUGUAGAGCCUUUAGUUGUACCCGAAGAUAGUUCGACAUCUAGGAAGUUGCUAUCUCCCGGCCGUUUUGUCUUUCUGUUAGAACGCAAUCUCGAAGUCACCUUGGACCGGUUGACUUCUUUCAUUUUUCGCUAUCUAACCUUGAGCAGGCGCAGGCGGCGGUACAACAGGGAGAUAAUCAAGCUUUGCAAAUUUGUUUGUGCAUUUUUUCGCGAUUUGCCGUCAUGCGGUGUCCAAGUGAAACGGGCCCCAGUGAAUUCAAGGCGGUUAUCGAGAAAACAACAUGGUUGUUACAAAGUUUGCAAUGCCACUGCAAGCCACUUUCGGAGAUCGAAGAAGUGCUUGCUGUCGGCCCUGUGGUGUUGUCUCCACCUCAAGGGAGCUCUGUCAGGAAUAAGUGUGAAGCCUUGGCACAUGCUACAAUUAAUACGUCGUGUUGCUACAUUAAGGAAGCACAAAUUAAGAUCACCGAAUGGAGAAUGGGCCGAUUUACACAUAUUAAAAGCUGUAGGAAGCCAGGGCACAGGAUUGUGGGAUCUUGGUGCUAACUUCACCGUGAACGUAUUAUUUUCUGAGUCCGAGAAGCUCCCGUCGCACCUUGUCCUCCAGAGCAGACUCUGUCAAUGGAGGUCAUUACGACACGACUACGUUAGCGAAAUGAUACAUGUUAUAUUGUUCAUCGAUUAUAUAUUUAUGGGUAAUGAGCAUUCAAGUUUGUUGAACGGUUUCCGGACGUAUCUCAACGAUAGCUUCAACCGACGUCUGUUCACUGCGACUCAUUAUGAAAUACAAAGCUCCAAGUAUCCCUACUUGUGCAAACGUUUGUACAGCGUUUAUGGCGUGUUGAAUCGUAAGCUUUUAUUCCAUGAACUUCAGGGAAGGUUCGUCCCUUACUCCUUCGUCGUUGAGCGAAUGUUAUCAGCGGGUGUCAUGGAGCGAGGAAGCCUAUUAUAUGGCAAAAGCGAUUUAAACAAUGUGAAAUGGCUACUAAUGUUGGUUACACUCCUGCUGACAAGCGCAGAAGACUUAAAGGGCGUCACCUGGCUGGUUAUCCGGAUAUUGUCCCAGUUUUUUCACGAAGGUGGUGUAAAUUACGGGAUGAUUCGGUGUCCGAAUUCCACUCCUUGUUUUCGUUGUCUUAUUGAAUUCACUUGCAUUGCCUGUGGUCUGUGCCGGAUUCUGACCUUGUUACCGAAGUCUCCCCUUUACCCAUCGCACAUUUCCGUAGUGAAUAUACUGCUGAGGAAGAGUAUAUCCAAGCUAUGCACAACCUUUUGCGACUCUUACGAUCGUUUGGGUGAAGCUUAUGAUGUGUUUUUGGGGUUUAAGGAGGUAACUGUCUGUCAAAGUGACGGUGAUAUACACAGCACGCCCCGAUCUUUAAAGUUUGCUGCGCACCUGGUGAGACAGCGAUGCCUAGCGCUUCUCUCUAGGUACGAUAUGAAACCAGAUACACAGCAUGCCAAUCUAGAUGUGGUACCACAUCCGGUAUAUUUAAAGUUGCUGUUCGCACUUCAGAAUGCCGGUAACGUGAACGUUUCACCCACUGUCGAAGCUACAUUGAAGGGCCAGAGAAGACACGAGGUGUUUGAUUAUUUGGCAUUUCAAAAAUGUCUUAAGCCAUGGUUACCGCAUGAAUUCAGGACUACAACCCGAGGUAGACUACAUUUCCAAGGCUACGUUUCACUAUUGUCCCAGAUAUAUUUGAAUCACAAAGGUCUCGAUGAUUGUUUGUCUGACUUCGUUGUUCAGGACCACCUUGGCGUGAUGCAGCGUACCCAAGCGUGCCAUCUAUUUGCGAAGAAUCCACAGGUUACGGCAUUGGUUCUACCCCAACUUGUCCAGUCGCUUUCUGUCGAUCCUGGCGACAGGGUGUGGCACCUGCUGUCUGUGACCUUGCGCAAUGACGUGGUACGGGAGCGGUUACCAUAUUACCUAGCCUGUAUGGCACACACAAGUGAUAAUCAUUCGGUGGCUCAUAAGGCAUCCUCGUUUUUGGAGUUGAUUACCGGGGCGGCACGCGAAUCAGAGAGCCUACGUCAGGAGUUACGAAACAUUUACAUGCAUGGAGAAUUGCUCCAGCUGACAUCAUAUUUAACAACGUUAGAUGUUGAUGACCGUCGCGAAGCGCUUCUGGAGGGCCUCGAAAGGGUGAACGAUACAUACGUGAAAUCAGCUCGAAUAUGUAUCUUUGAGGGUAGCGUCGAAUCUGAUGGCUAUACUUUAUGUUAUGGGCAUCCUAGCUUUCGUCAAUCGAAGAAGAUACGCACUUUUGAGACAGAAACUUCACGAUUGCUCAAGUCGGCGACUCGUGCCCCUUUCACGCUCGACUUUCGUCUAGAACAUGGAGACACCACGCGCUACAUUUACAAGAUGGAUGAUGACAUGCGCCAGGACGCGUUGGUAGUUCAGCUGAAGCUUUUUUUGAUGCAUAUAUUUCGCACCUACAAUUUGGAAUCAUAUUUACAGCCGUUCCUGGUGGUACCUUACUCCACGGCCCUCUCGACAGUUGUGAAGUUGCGUUCUGCAUCCCUCGCAAUUAUGUCGUCGGACGAUGUAGGGUCCGAUAUGGAGCCUGGUAUUCACAAAAAGGCACAGGAUGUCUGUACUACUCCGAUUGAUAUGCGUCUAUACUCUGAUUCUCAGGAGUCGUGCCAUUGCUCUGCUUCCACGUAUAUUUCGGCGUCUGAGGAUUCCUCUCAGUCACUUACUCCCCGUUGCUCCGCAGUCGACCCCCUUGAUCGUGGAUAUAUCUCUCCAGCUGAGGAUUCUGAUAUAAUCCCUUGCAGAUGGUGUACGGGCUGCCGUCCACACUGCGGUUCAUCCGGCGACAUCCCGGCUAGCCUCCACGGUGUUGUGGGCUGCACGCACAUUUUGGGUGGCAUCGUUGGUUUCAUACCAGGUGCUGUAAGCCGACACUCGAUUGGCCGAGACUAUGGUGGUUCCCUGGAGAACUAUUUUACGUUAAAGUUCGGGCCUAGGGGUGGUCAUAGAUUCAAUCGCGCCAUGGAUAACUUCGUAAACUCAUUGGCCGGUUACUCGCUGCUCUGCUUCCUUCUGCAGGUUAAGGACCGUCACAACGGCAACCUGAUGAUAUCUUCCUCUGGUCACAUCUUGCAUAUAGACUACGGGUUUAUUCUGGGUUCAUCACCCGCUGCCGACGUUCACUUCGAGCAAGCACCAUUCAAGCUAACCAAGGAAAUGACCGACUUACUAGGAGGUGUUGAAUCGGACAACUUUCAAAGAUAUGUGCGUCUAUUAGUAUCAGCGUAUUUGUGCGUCCGUCAGGAGUCAGAGGCACUAAUAACAUUUGUGAAGCUGCUGGAACACUCUGGUAUGACCUGCUUCAGGCGCAGUUCUGUAGAGAAGCUUCGCCAAAGGCUUUUCCUACACGCCACUCCGGAGCGUGCUGCAAGCUACAUGCUACGUAAAAUACACAUCGCGUUGCACAGUAUGACAACUAUGGUGUACGACAUGGUCCAAGCGUGGCAACAAGGUAUAGCUCAUUAG